CUGACAUCACAUUUAUGACAUCAGUUGGUUGGGUUCUUCGAUUGAUUGUUCUCACUUCAAUUGGUGCAAAAAUUGUAAUUUUUAAAGAAUUAAAUUUAAGUUAAUCUUCUUGGAUAUUAAAAUCAAAAACUAUGGGUAUUCCCGCUGGUAAUGCUGAAAACGGCAAAAAAAUCUUCGUCCAAAGAUGUGCCCAAUGCCACACUGUUGAGGCUGGUGGUAAACACAAAGUAGGUCCUAACCUACACGGCUUCUUUGGCCGCAAGACCGGUCAAGCACCCGGCUUCACAUACUCAGAGGCCAACAAAGCUAAAGGCAUCACUUGGGGAGAGGAUACUCUGUUUGAGUACCUAGAGAAUCCUAAGAAAUACAUCCCCGGUACCAAGAUGGUGUUUGCUGGUCUCAAAAAGGCCAAUGAGAGGGCAGACCUCAUUGCGUACUUGAAAGAAGCCAGCAAGUAACCUAUAAGGAAUUUAGGAACAAUACCUCAAAAUGAGUAGAAAAUUCCAUUAUGAUUUGGAAGUUAUCUCCUCAUUUUUUAGGCCAAUCAGUAUCAUUAAUAUUUAUUGUAUAUUUUAUUUUAAUGUGACCAAAACAAUAGGAAAUGAUCAUUCAUGACGAAUCCCAUCAUUGAGUACAAGUUUUUGUGUGCAAUCAAUUUUUUGCCUCAAGUUUGAUGCCUACCAUUCAAUGUAAUGUUGUGAAUGUUUUAAAUGUUAUUAAAUUAUUCUUAGACAACACCGAAA